AUGGUGGACAAGGAUUGGGUGCAUCUUUGCAGAGCUGAUCCUGCGUAUGAGAGAGGGGCUACAAAUUUUGUUCGAGCUGUGUCUGCGGAUAUGGGAGACGUUGAUUUGAUUGUAUGUCCUUGCAUUGAUUGCCGUAAUAUUGAUCGGCAUGCUGGCAGUAUAGUAGUUGAUCAUCUGGUAACAAGAGGAAUGGAUGAAGCAUAUAAGAUGCGGUCUGAUUGGUAUCAUCAUGGAGAAUUGAAUCCAGUGGUUGAUGGUGAAAGCAAUCAAAGUCAGUGGAAUGAUGAGAUUUUUGGGUUAUAUCAAGCGGCUGAAUAUCUGGAUGAGGAGUUUGCUAAUACGGAUGAGUUGAGUCAGAUUGCAGAGGGUGAGGAUUUGAAAGAAGAUGAGUUCCUUGCAAAGCUUGGGGAUGCUGAAACACCAUUAUAUCCAUCAUGUGUCAACCAUAGCAAGCUGUCAGCUAUUGUAUCACUGUUCAGACUAAAGACACAGAAUGGCUGGUCUGACAAGAGCUUCAAUGAUCUGUUGGAGACAUUGCCAGAGAUGUUACCAGAAGACAAUGUGCUGCACACAUCACUAUAUGAGGUGAAGAAAUUUUUGAAAUCCUUUGAUAUGGGUUACCAGAAGAUUCAUGCAUGUGUCAAUGAUUGCAUCCUAUUCAGAAAAAAGUACCAGACGCUUGAGAACUGUCCUAAAUGCAAAGCUUCAAGAUGGAAGACUAACAUGCAUACUGGAGAAGUAAAGAAAGGUGUCCCUCAUAAAGUAUUACGGUACUUCCCCAUAAUCCCACGCUUUAAGAGAAUGUUUAGGUCUGUUGAUAUGGCUAAGGAUUUAAGGUGGCACUUUAAUAACAAGAGUAGCGAUGGAAAACUCCGCCACCCUGUGGAUUCAGUCACAUGGGAUCAGAUGAAUGCUAAAUACCCUUCAUUUGCAUCUGAAGAAAGAAAUCUGAGGCUUGGACUUUCCACUGAUGGAUUUAAUCCAUUCAACAUGAAGAAUACCAUGUAUAGUUGCUGGCCUGUUAUGUUAGUAAACUACAAUCUGCCACCUGACUUAUGCAUGAAGAAGGAGAACAUCAUGCUUACAUUGCUAAUUCCUGGUCCACAACAGCCGGGUAAUAAUAUAGAUGUGUACUUAGAACCACUCAUUGAGGAUCUACAACAUAUGUGGAACGAUGGGGAGUUAACAUAUGAUGCUGUUAGUAAAUCAACUUUUACUCUUAAGGCAAUCCUGCUAUGGACGAUUAGUGAUUUUCCUGCUUAUGGGAAUCUUGCAGGCUGCAAAGUAAAAGGUAAAAUGGGAUGUCCUUUAUGUGGGAAAAAUACAGACAAUAUGUGGUUGAAGUUCAGUAGAAAACAUGUCUACAUGUGCCAUAGAAAGGAUCUGCCACCAACUCAUAGUUUUCGGUGGAAGAAGUCUUGGUUUGAUGGAAAAGCUGAACAUGGGAGAAAGAAAAGAGUAUUAAGUGGGCAGGAAAUUUCUCAACAUUUGAAAAAUUUCAAAAACAACUUUGGCAAUUUGAAACAGUCUGCAUGUAAGAGGAAAAGGAUGGCAUCAACUGGAUUGGGUUCUGAUAGUGAGGAUUUAUCUAGUGAAUCUGAGGAAGAUGAAGAGGAAGAGAUAGACGAGGAGGAGAUAUCAAGAUGGAAGAAACGGUCAAUCUUUUUUAGACUACCUUAUUGGGAGGAGCUACCCGUAAGACAUAACCUUGAUGUAAUGCAUGUGGAGAGAAAUGUGGCUGUGAGUAUAGUAUCGACAUUGUUGCAUUGUGGGAAAUCUAAGGAUGGUCUUAAUGCUCGCAAAGAUCUGGAGGUCCUUGGUAUUAGGAAGGAAUUGCAUCCUAGAACACAAGGAAAAAGAACAUACUUACCUGCAGCAGUUUGGUCUUUGUCCAAGGGAGAGAAAAAGAUUUUUUGUAGGCGACUUUUUUAUUUCAAAGGCCCAGAUGGAUACUGCUCAAACAUAUCAAGAGGCGUAUCAUUACAAGACUGUAAGGUCACAGGUCUGAAAUCCCAUGAUUAUCACGUGAUAAUGCAACAACUUCUUCCAAUUGCACUUAGAGGUUUGUUACCCAAAGGUCCGAGGGUAGCAAUUGUACGCUUAUGCGCAUUCUUCAAUCAGUUGUGUCAGCGAGUAAUUGAUAGGGAUCAGAUAUUGGCAAUGGAAGCUGAGAUUGUUGAAACUCUUUGCAUGUUUGAAAGAUAUUUUCCUCCAACUUUCUUCGAUAUCAUGGUGCAUUUGACGGUACAUCUAGGACGUGAAGCUCGGCUAGGUGGUCCAGUUCAUUUUAGAUGGAUGUACCCAUUUGAGAGGUAUAUGAAAGUUCUUAAAGACUAUGUGAGAAACACUGCAAGACCAGAGGGGUGUAUUGCUGAAUGCUACCUUUCAGAAGAAUGCAUCCGGUUUUGUAGUGAAUUUUUGAAAAAGACUACAAAUGUUCAAGAAAAGAUGGAUAGAAACACUGACUUUGAGAACAACACGAUUCUGGAAGGACAUCCAAUAUCUGCAGGCACUCCAAUCACUCUUACUGAAGCGGAGAAGAAAAUAGCCCAUAUGACUGUCAUACAAAAUAUGGUUUUUGUUGAUCCUUAUGUUGAGCUAGUUAGCAACGUCACAGUCUCAGUUGAUAACAAAAGUCAGAAUAGUGGUGUUUUUUAUGAGGCUACGGCAAUCUGUAGGUCUAGUGCAAAGGACACUUCACAAGUGAUGGAUUUGGUAUCUUACUAUGGGAGAGUAACUGACAUUAUAUUGUUGGACUAUAAUGUCUUUUACGUCCCUCUCUUCCAUUGUCAAUGGGCAGUAAGGGGAAAUGGAGUUAAGGGAUCCAUACUAGCCUCUCAAGCUAAGCAAGUGUUUUACUCAAGGGAAAAUGAGUCAUCGAGUUGGUAUGUGGCUAUGAGAGGUCCUUCAAGAAGAUACACUCAGAAAGAAUAUGAAGAUGGAAUAGCAGACAUUAGGCCAUUGCCACCAGAUAUUGACGUUGGUGUUGACUUGGAUGAAUCUGAAAAUGAGCGAACAGAUUGUGAAGGAAUAUAUGUGUGA